AUGCCUACGUGUUCAUCCACUGCGUGGAGAUCCAAACUGGUAUCGGCAUGGGGACUGCUGGCCAUGCUCUCCCUAUUGCAAGCUGUUUAUGCGGAUGUCAGCGUUACUGUGAAUCUUGCGCAGCAGCUUCCUCCCCUAGCCCAUGUCGACCAGGCCUACGACUGGACAUUUUUGCCCAACACUUUUACGUCUGAUACAGACAGCAAGCUGCGAUACCAAGCAGACGGCCUGCCGAGCUGGGCUAAGUUCGACAAGGCCACAGGGCGUAUUAGCGGCAAACCUACCAAAAGUGGCCGACAAGAUCAAUCGAACGAUGUGACAAUUACAGCGUCUGAUGGCUCGUCAGAUGCAAGCUCUUCUUUCACACUGACUACGAUCUCAGCGCCGGCGCCUAAGCUCAAUGUCUCGUUAUCUGACCAGCUUCCCAAAGCAGCCUCUAUGGGCUACGGAAAUAUGCUUCCUGGCAAUGUUUUACAUAUGCCAUUGGGCUGGUCGUUCAGCAUUGGUUUUUCGGGUGAAACAUUCUACUUGCCGAACGACGACCGUGUGUACUAUUCCACGUAUCUUCAGGGUGCCACUCCUCUUCCUAACUGGCUUGUGUUUAAUGAGGAGGAGAUGACCUAUUCCGGUAUUGCACCCACUCAAGCGGGGCCGAAUGGCACACGCUUUGACGUGGUGUUGUUUGGCUCGAACAGGCCCAACACGGGUGGCCCCUCCAGUACAUUCUCCAUCUUGCUGGGCCAGGGCAUUGUCACGAUCAACAACACGGUAGGUGCAUUGCCCAUGGCGAAUGUCACAGAAGGCACACCACUGCAGUACCCAAUGCCAAAGGACUUGUUCAUCCUCGACGGUUUUAGCCAGAGUCCGCAAGACUACUCCUUUUCUAUGGGCGAAGGCGUGCCCCCGUGGAUUUCGUAUGACGAGGCAUCGCAAUCUCUCGUGGGCACUGCGCCGUUUACGGAGAAUCAGACCCAGAUUCAGAACUUUACUGUGCCUAUUGAGGUGUCGCAUCCUGGUGCGUUGCCAACGACGGUGAAUCUCUCGUUGUCAGUGUACCCAUCGCCGUUCACCAUGGCGACGCUGCCCAAUGUCACAGUACAGAGUGGAAAAGACUUUGAUAUCUCGCUGGACAAGUACUUGCGUGACCCUACGACGCCUGUCAAUGUCACAUUUGACUCGGUCCUGGCCAAGCGGUCCCUUCUCCCGGCCGACUGGGCACAUCACCAUCAUAUUGGGCGUCGAGCGGCGCCUGGCUGGGUCGAGUACGACACGGCGCUCAACGCAAUUAAGGGUACGGCGCCUUUGAACAACCAGCAAGUGUUGGUCAACAUGCAGGUGGACAACCCGGCGCCCAACAGGGUGAUGCCGACCAUUGCAAAUCAGUUCCAGUUGCUGGUGAGUCAAACUGCCAAGCCCAAUGUGACAGAGCCGGCAGCUGUGCAUCAAGAUCAUGGCUUGACUGGUGGUGAGAAAGGCGCGAUUGCCGGCUCUAUUCUUGGUGCUGCGGUGCUCGCUGCAUUGUUUGGCUUAUGCUGCUUCUUUUUGCGCCGUCGACGUCGUCGUGCGAUGCGUCACACAGAGUCUGCCGAUGCAUCUGCUGGUGAUGCCUUCGCGGCAACGGCUCCCACUGAAACGAUGCAGCCGAUGGAGUCGUUGGAAGAGCCGCCCAUGGUUGUAUCCAGCGGCGCCUCGAACGUGGCUGGUCUCGGAGCCGCUACAGGCACUGGCGCCGCUGCCGGCCCAUCAGUCGAAGAAGAUAUUGUGCGUGUACCCUACAGUCAUCCCAACACAGAGGAGAUGGCGGCGCACGCGCCAACGCCGGACAUUAUCACGAAUGCUACAUCGCCUGCCGAGGCGGCCGCGGCUGCAGCUGCCGGCGUCGGCGCUGGAGCAGCAGGCACAGCAGCCAUGGCGGCCGGUGCCAGGCGUUCCAUGUCGCAACGCCGUGCCUCCUCGACCUUUAGUGGGGCGCGCGUGAAGACGCCGAGUGGACCUCGUGCACCCACGCCGGCCGAUGAUCCAGCGUCGACAAUUCGGCGGACCCCGGCCAGUUCACGUCCUACAUCCAUGCGCGCGUCUCAGCCCGAAGAGAUGGUGACACAAACUCUGCCGGCCGACGAGCCGCCGUGGCAGCGUGAAAAUGACCACGUGGAUAUUACUCCCUUCCUUUCGCAGUCGACAUGGCAGCCGUACCCCUCGCAUGCUAUGGGCUACGCCUCGUACGAUGCACCCUACGAGACACAUCAGCCAGACGGCGGUCACUAUGAAGAAACUUAUCCUACGUACAACCAGGAGAAGGAAGGGCCAGCGCCCAAGCGUGACAGUUGGCGCGCACGUGGCAUUGCCGGUCUGAUCAGCAACAUUGCUACGGCCUCCGGCUUGAAGAGCACAAGCUCGCCGACCGCGACACCUGACCUGGAAGCAGGCGAUGCAGCGUCUGCGAAGGCAGCGCCGGAGGCUGAGGAGGCAAUGCCGCCUCCCUCCAAGAAGCGCAAGUCGGUGCAAAUUGUGGAGCCGAUUGUGCUCUCAGCGCGGGAGAAUGAUGCCAUGGCGAACAAGUCACUCAAGGCCAACUCGGUGAAGUUUGCCGAGGCGCCUGUGGUGUACGACACGACGGCUGACACGUCGACUAUGACCGACACGACACCGAUCGUGCCUGCGACAGGAGACCAGGACGAGGCGGAUACGUCCGCGGCGGCGCCUGCCAUUCAAGGCGCUGUGUGGACCAGUCCGCCAAGGGCGCCACGAGAUGCUCCGCGGCCCAUUAUCACAGCUGCUGACGUGCCGAAAGAGACCGCGCCUCCUCAUAUUGUCACAGCGGCGGAGGUGCCGAAGGAAUCCGCUCCUUCCAUCCCUAGCCCUGUCGCUGCACCGCCCGUGACCAUGGACAGCUUCCUCGACACCUCGCUCUCACGUGCGGAGGACGCACAGGCAGCGCCAGCAGAAGGUACGUUGUACGAGGCAGAGAAAGAUCGAGACGACGUGCCACGUCCCGCGCAUAUCUUGGACGGUCUGCGUGGCUCCUCGCAUACCGAUGCAUCGAUGCCACCUAGGCCUACCGUUGAAGAGGUCUCCGACGAGGAGGCCGACGAGCACGAGCUGGGUAUGCGUGGCGUCUUUGAGACGUCACCUGAGAUGGAGGGCGAGUACUACGAGGACGGUUUUACGCCCUCGCUCAGUCGCAGCACACGCGAGAGUUGGGAAGAAGAUCUGUGGUACGAAGAGCCUGUGCCGAUGCGCAUGGGCGCCUCGCACUCCCGCCCCAUCUCCAUCAUGAGCGGUAGCAGUCUGGGCGGCGGUGUAUCGCGUGCCAGCUCCGCUCAAGGUGGUGACAUCGUGGCUGACCGUGCCCCGUCGCGACGUGCACGCCGCCAUUCUGAUCGUCCGCCCCGCCCCAUGUCAAUGGGCAGCAUGCCGGUGAGUGCGAGUGCCAAGGCGGAGCGUACCUCGCAACGGCCUGCCUCCCAUAUGGGCAUGGCGCGCACACGUCGUCACUCGGAUCGCGGCUUAGCGCCGGCUACGCGCGCCAGUUCGCGCGCCGCCUCGCGGGCCUCGACUGCAGCUGCCACGGGAGCAAUGAAGCCCCCGCGCCUGGAUACGCCGCUGGACGGCGCAUUGUCGCCCAUUCUGGUGGAUGUGGAGGCAGAGCCAGAAGGGACGGCGGCCGCCUCGCCGCCGCAGCUGCCGUCCGUCGCGUCGCCCGUGGUGAACGACGACUCGGAUGUAUCGCUGGAACGCCUGGCUCGAUGGAAUCGCGCAAUUGCCUCGCCGACGCUCGAGGACGAAGAACCCAUGGAGCGAGCGCCGCAACUCGCACCAUUGUCGACGGAGCUUACGCAUUCGCCGCUCCUGCCUGGUCUGAGUGAGCCACCACGCCUGACCAUACCUGUGGAAAGUGGCCUCAUUUCGCCGAUGAUCGCAAGUGACGCAGCGCCAUGGAAACCAUCGCGAGAGAGCCAGAAACGACCUGCCUCUGCCGCCUCGCGAUCGACGCAGCGCCGCCAGACAGGCCGUGUCCCUUCGUACACGCCGCGUGUCCAAAAAGCAUCGCGGCACCAGAAAAUGAGCAGUAUGAAAGUCGAGCCGCAAGACGUAGCGCCAAUUCGUGCACAGCUACUCGACCAAGAGCACAUGUUCGACGAUGCGAGCGAAAUGGAUGUCGAUCCAGAGGCAUUCGAUUGGUACCCGUACGGCACGAUUCUCUCGCAGGAGCAGCCGCCGAUGGAGGAAGAGGAACUGGCGUGGGAGCGCACAGAGAAGCUCGCGUCGACAGAGACAGCGCCGCCGCCAUCGCCGGAUCCCUUGGCCGAGGUGCGUGCCACAGAAGGCGGCCUUGCCUCGCUCUUGCACAUCCCGGACGAGCAGCGCUUGUUUACGAUGCCGACGAAGGCUGUGCGUAUAAGCUCUGGCGGGGCCCCGGCGAAGACAAAGACGUCGUCCACAGCGACGACGCAGCGCGCCAUGCCGAAAUCCAGUACCAUGGCCUCGAUUCACAUGGCCGAGACGCGUUCCGUGACGUUUACGCAUGCCAAGCCACCGCGACUGCAGCUCGUCAGUGGCCGGCCAGGCGAAGCUAUCUCGAUCCCGCUGAUGACCUCGGAAGCGUCGUUCCCACGCGAUCUGCGUGAUGCCUUGCAGCAUACGACACAGAAGCCAGAGUACGUCGCCGAGCUCUAUGCGCCAUCGCGUCCCGACUUGCACCAAAACUGGCCGUCGUGGCUGCAGUGGCUCGGCUGGUACGAUGAUGCGCAUGAGCUGGCAGGUCGUGUGCCGAUGGACCUGGGCGAUGCGCAGCGUCUGCCGAUGCAGUUGCCGAUCCAUAUCCUGCUGAAAAAUGGCACAGAGAUCCUGGACGAGCACAAGAAUACACGUCACACGCCCAAUCCGGCAGUGCAUGACGAGUCGACGCCUCUCUUGGUAGCGCGGAUCUUGCUUACGAUUCUCCCUGCUGCUUCGCCGUAA